CUCCUCCUUAGGAUGUCAUCAUUAAAACACUAAUAUCAGCUCAUCCAGUUGUCUGCCACAACUAUUGGUCCUCAUUCCCUAAUCACACGAGGGGCAGCGCCUGCUUUGAGAUACUCGGCUUUGACAUUCUCCUAGACCGGAAACUCAAGCCCUGGCUGAUGGAAGUGAACAGGUCCCCCAGUUUCCACACUGACUCCCCACUGGAUAAGGAAGUGAAGGAGGCUUUGAUAUAUGAUACACUGGAUCUCAUUGACCUCUUUGCUAAUGAUAGGAAGAGAUGUCUGGAGGAGGAGAAACAGAGAGCAAGGGAUAGGCUGUUACAGAAGGCAAGAUCUAAGGACUCAAGCCAAGAGAGAGACAUUAGACUGAAAUAUGAAGCUCAGUUUGAAAAAUAUGAAGAGACUCACUGUGGAGGCUAUAGGAGGAUAUACCCACGAGAUGGGAACGAGGAGAAAUAUCAGAAAUACUUUAACCAGAACACCUCACUCUGUACCCAGACCACAGCCUCUAGAGCAAGAGCUGAUCUAGCUAGACAACUGAGAGAACAAGUGGAAGCAAAACAGAAAGAACUGGAGAGGUUCACUAAACCAAGACAAUUUUCAAAAUCAGAUAAUAAUGGGUCUGAGAGUCCCCCAGGGGAAAGGAGGAGUUUCAGCAACAAGAGGUCCCCAUUUGUCAUGUCGGCAGGCACUGGAGGGAGACGGAGAUCCUUUAGUUUCAAAGUAGAAGAACAAAGAAGAAAUGAAGCAGAAGGAUUCUCAACCAGCAAAGUGAGUAUACUGGUGUUUUUGUUUUAA